AGCCCUUCAGUCUUUACUCGUUCCCUUUCUCCUCUGCUAUUGUUUCGAUCGGAUCUCGUUGGAUCUCUUUGAUUUUGCUCCGAUGGCGCAUUCCGCGACCCCUCUGUUGACUGAUCAGCUCGAUAUUGUCAUACCCACCAUCCGGAAUCUCGAUUUUCUGGAGAUGUGGAGGCCAUUUUUCCAGCCUUACCAUCUGAUUAUUGUUCAGGAUGGUGAUCCUUCUAAGACCAUCCAUGUUCCUGAAGGGUUUGAUUAUGAGCUUUACAAUCGUAAUGAUAUUAACAGGAUUCUGGGUCCUAAGGCUUCUUGUAUCUCCUUCAAGGACUCUGCUUGCCGUUGCUUCGGUUACAUGGUGUCCAAGAAGAAGUACAUCUUCACCAUCGAUGAUGACUGCUUUGUUGCUAAAGAUCCAUCUGGGAAAGAGAUCAAUGCACUUGCACAACACAUUCAGAACAUCCUCAGCCCAUCCACUCCCUUCUUCUUCAACACAUUGUAUGAUCCAUUCAGAGAAGGUGCUGACUUUGUCCGAGGAUACCCAUUCAGUCUCCGUAAUGGUGUUCCUACAGCUGUAUCUCAUGGUCUCUGGCUCAACAUUCCUGACUACGAUGCCCCUACUCAGCUUGUCAAGCCUCUUGAAAGAAACACUAGGUUUGUAGAUGCAGUGAUAACCAUUCCGAAGGGUACCCUGUUCCCCAUGUGUGGUAUGAAUCUGACAUUCGAUCGUGAGUUGAUCGGUCCUGCCAUGUACUUUGGACUCAUGGGUGAUGGUCAGCCUAUUGGACGUUACGAUGAUAUGUGGGCUGGCUGGUGUAUCAAGGUGAUUUGUGACCAUUUGGGAUUGGGAGUCAAGACUGGUCUCCCUUACAUCUGGCACAGCAAAGCAAGCAACCCAUUUGUGAACCUUAAGAAAGAGUACAAGGGCAUUUUCUGGCAAGAAGAUAUUAUCCCAUUCUUCCAAGCUGCAACACUUCCAAAAGAGUGUACCACUGUUCAACAGUGUUACAUUGAACUGUCAAAGCAGGUGAAAGAGAAGCUUGGAAAGGUAGAUCCUUACUUUGAGAAGCUGGGUGAUGCCAUGGUCACAUGGAUCGAAGCAUGGGAUGAGCUAAACCCACCUAAGAAGGUUGAAAACGGCAGUGCCUAAUAGGAUUUUGUUUAACAGUUACCAUCGGUACUUCUUUGAUAGUUUCGACUUCGUAGUCAGUGUAACUGUUAUACUUUGAUCUUCCAUUUCUUCAGCUUUUGGAUGAAGGUCAGAGUAUAUUUUUUUCUUUCAGUUGAUGCAUGUAUUUUUUUAAAUCAUAUUUUCUACCUAUAAGUUUAUUUAGAACAAUAAACUGAAAUUUGAUUCCGUACUGAAA